AUGCAGACAUUCAAGCUCACUGCAACUGGCUACAACCUCAACUAUCUACCCGAGUACAUCGCUCUCCGUCACGGCUUCUUCCGAGAGCAAGGCCUUGAUGUGACCGUCAACAUUCCCACGCCCUGGGAUGGAGUGCUUGACGCGCUCGCUGAUGGUUCAGCCGACAUGGCACUCGGGGGAAUCUGGGUGCCGUCCAUGUACCGCGACAAGGUACAGAACUAUACCGUGUUCGCCCAAAUAGCCAACCGCUGUCCACUGGCCGUUCUGCAGCGCCGUGGCCGUGACAACUUCCAGCUGUCCGACGUGACGGGCAAGACUGUGCUCAUGAAGUCGGGCGGGGGCGCCAGCGUCGGCCUGUUCUUCAAGAUGCUGCUGCGGGAGAACGCCGUCGACGCUCGAUCCGUCGACUACAUCCAGGAUCUCGACGGCAAAAUGCUGGGUGAUUUGUUCCAAGGUGGCAUGGGUGACUAUUUUGUGACGGACUACCUCUCGGCCCGAGUCAUGGCCUCACGCAAUCCCGACAUCACGAUCGCGCUAGAGGCCGUCACCCAGGGAGAGGUUCCCUGGAGCGUCUACUAUCGGGAAACGGCCACCGUCACGCCCGAAAUCCUCGACGCGCAGAGGCGUUUCUGCGUCGCCCUCGGCCGGGCCAUCGACUGGGUCCUGGAGCGCGACGCAGAAACGUUCCGUGACGAGCUUGCGGAGCUCUUCCCGGCUGUCCCGGUCGAUGUUGCCGUUGCGGUCACCAAUCGGUUCCGCCAAGAAGGCAUGUGGACGUCCACGACGAUCCCUCGCGAGGCGUUCGAUCGCUGGCAGCGGGGCCUUGCCGAUGCCAGACUCGUCAAAGAACCGCUCGUAUACGAAGCACUCGUUGACGAUGGGCCUUCGACCACGGCGCAAGAGCAGCGUGCUGCGAGCAAGGCAACUCUUCUCCCGGCUCAGCUGUAG